CUGUCAGCCGCAGAGUUGCAUGCGUCUCGUGAGCAGGUGACCGCUGCUGUGUUGUGUCUCUGUCCUGUGGAGACAUGACUCCACUGAGGAGGAUCCGUUCGUGGCUGCCGCUCCUGCAGCAGCGUCCCGGAGCAUGGAGCCGUCAGAGGGCGACCUGCGGGCUGCUCCAGCCCUCACCCCGGGGAGCUGUGGCCACUCGCCCGGACGGACGCGAGCCGUGUCGUGUCCCGCAGCCUCGCACGUUCGUUACCUCUGGCUGCAGACUGAAGGAGCCAGACGAGCCCGGCGGCGGCGGCGGGUUGGCCACAGGCGGGGAGGAUGAGGAGGAUGAAGAUUUCAUUGAGGACAGCGAGGUGGAGGAGCUGUUCCAGCAGCAGGGGCUUCCGGGCAUCGUGGGAGAAGGACAACACAGGGUGUUUAUAGUCCACCCCGAUGUGAAGUGGGGACACAGGAAGCAGCAUCUGACCACUGCUGAGUUGAUGAUGGCCGAGGCUGUGGGUCUUGUGAACACGUUGGACAACUGGAGAGUGGUCGACAAGAUCAUCCUCUCCACCAAGACACCAGAGAAGAAGAAGAUAUUUGGCAAAGGCAACUUCCAGCUUCUUACAGAGAAAAUUAGGCAAACAGCAGGAAUCACCGCUGUUUUCAUGAAUGUUGAGCGGCUAUCCCCUUUAUCUGAGAGGGAAUUUGAGGAUGCGUGGGGUGUAAAAGUCUUUGACCGAUAUUCCAUAGUCCUCCACAUCUUCCGCUGUAACGCCAGAACCAAAGAGGCCAAGCUUCAGAUCUCACUGGCAGAGAUGCCUUUGUUAAGGUCACGGUUAAAAAAUGAAAUGGCCAACUUGGACCAACAGGGUGGAGGAUCAAGAUACAUCGGUGGUUCAGGUGAGACUCUGUAUGAGGUCCAGCAGCGGCUGCUGAAAGAGCGUGAGAUGAAGAUUCGCUCAGCGCUAGCGAAACUUCAGAAAAAGAGGCACCUCCUGCGAUCUCAGCGCAAACACAAGGAGUUCCCUGUCAUCUCGGUGUUGGGUUAUACUAACUGUGGUGAGAGAAUGGACAGACGUCACCCUGAACCCAGUGCGAAUGUCUUCAAUGUUGGAACAUUUUUCUUAUGUGUUUAUUUUGUUUAUGCCCUUUCUUGUCCAGGAAAAACGACCCUGAUCAAAGCUCUGACUGGGGACAGCGGCCUGCAGCCCAGGAAUCAGCUUUUUGCAACCCUCGACGUUACAGUCCAUGCCGGCCAGCUGCCCUGUCGCAUGACUGUGUUAUACGUGGACACCAUUGGGUUCCUGUCGCAGCUUCCCCACCAGCUCAUUGACUCCUUCUCUGCCACCCUGGAAGACAUCAAACACUCAGAUUUGUUGGUUCACGUCCGAGACAUUAGUCAUCCAGAGACGGUCAACCAGAAGGCAAAUGUACUGAACGUCCUGAAGAACCUGCAAAUCCCUGACCAGCUGCUGAGCUCCAUGAUAGAAGUUCACAAUAAAACUGACCUUAUUAACAAUUAUGAGUGUCUGGAGCCCGGCGCUCUGCCCAUCUCAGCCUUGGAGGAGCGAGGCCUGGACAAGUUGACCAAAGUCGUGGAGGAGGAGAUUAUAAAGUCCACUGGGAAACAAAUCCUUGAUCUUAAGGUCAACCUUAGCACCAAUCAGCUCAGCUGGCUGUAUAAGGAGGCCACUGUUCAGGAAGUGCAGGUGAAUGCGGACGAGGGCUCGGCGCUCGUCAGCGUCAUCAUCAGCACGGCGGCCUACGGGCGGUACAAGAAGCUGUUCGGAGGCAGGUGACAAAUCCUGCUUCUGAAAAGGCUCCGUUUACUGUGCAAUAAAGUAAAAUAUCACGAGGUACAAAUGAGUAAUGGAGUGAACUC